GUAGUCAUGGCCGUCUCUGGUGGAAGCGGCGUGCGCAGCUGCUGGUACGGCCAGAGAGACGUCACCAAGGUGGGUGCCGCCGUGCGUCACAUCAGGAAGGUCGAGAAGCUCUCAGAGAAUCUUCCUUUGCUGGCACUUGGCGCUUCCUCCGGUGGUGCAUUCGUGGGCUUGCUGCCUGGCGCGGAUGCAUCGGUUGGACUCGGGAAGUUGCAGUGCAUCGUCCCGGAGAUCAUGGAUGUCGACAGCAGCAUCAACGACGCAGUUCCGACUCUGUUCGUUCACAUGCCAAGGGAUGAGCGCACUGCAUCCUUUGUGGCGGACAGUGUUGCUGACCUCACUUCUCGGGGAGUUCGUGUGAAAGAGCUGCGCGUCGAACCUCGCCCGCUUACACCUGCGUUCCUCCAGAGUUGCCUCGCGGAGACGGAUGCGACAAAGCUGGUGACAGCCCUGCAGGAUCAUUCCGUCCUGGAUUCCAAGGGCUUCCUGCUGUCCGAUGCCAGGGGUCGAGAGUGGGUGCCUGCAGCCCUGGAAGCGCUGCCCAAUAGCCUCGACUCCUUCAAGCCAGACGCAUCCUGCCUUGCCGAAUUGAUGAAUGUCGCUUGGGCAAAGCAUGAGUUCUCUGCGCAGUAUGCAAAGGAGAUCUUCGACUUCUGCGAGGACAAGGGCGCUCAAGAGCCUGUGUUCGCGGAGAUGCAAGAUGCCCCCGCGGACGAAGGCAGCUGGAAGACUCGUUUCGGGAACAUGGAGGUAUUCGAGUUCGGCGCUGCUUCACACCCACUGGCCAUUGCACUUCCGGGUGCAAAUCCAAGUUUGAUCCGCGAGUUUGACCCGAUCGCUACACGCUUGGCCAAGGAAGGCUACCACGUACUCCUGCCCCACGUGCACGCGAAUCAAAAGACGAGGCCCGGAAAGGUUUCUGAGAAGGAUUUGGAGGGCCUGCUGCAAGAUUUGCUCCGGAAGAGUGGCCGUGAAGAGGUUGCCGUGCUGCUGGGCAAGUCCUGGGGAGGUGGUAUGGCCUCAUCCCUGGCCGGCAGCGAUGUACUGAAGGUUCAGAAGCUGGUCCUCGUCGCUCCUGCACACGCGGAGCCCUCGUCAUGGCCUACCUCCCUCCCGGUCGCUGUGUUCUGGGCGGAAGAUGAUGCUGUGGUCCCACUGCCAACCUCACCAAGUCUCCGCACGCGAGUGCAGCUAUUUCACACCGAGCCCACAGGUGGGCAUCGGGUGCUCUCCAGCUAUGUAGAGCCCAUCGCCAGCUUCGUUCGCGCAUCUGCGGCUACCGAGGUGGAUGCCAAAGGCGUGCCAAAGAAAUCAGGGAAAGUUGACACUGCCAGAGAAUCCCGUGCGGAGAAG